CAAUACUCUAGUUACAGAGGGAAAAUUUGAAUGGAACUACCUGAGAUGAUUUAUAUCAUGAAGAGCUUGACGAAGGCUUUUAAUUUCACAAAGUGUGAGAGAUUCCUUCCUUCUAAAGCAAAGGGAAUGCUGCGAAGAACUCCGUGUUCACUUGUUUUGUGUCCAUCAGAAGAAGGUGUGCGAGGAGCGGAAAGCACAGAUAGCUUUUAAUGAGGAACUGAAAAGACAGAAACUGGUGGAAGAGCAAAUGUUCUCAAAGCUCUGGGAGGAAGACCGAUUAGCCAAGGAAAAGCGAGAAGCCCAAGAGGCAAGGAGGCAGAAAGAGCUGGUGGAGAACACACGCCUGGGGCUGAAUGCCCAGAUCACCAGCAUCAAGGCGCAAAGGCGGGCCGCGCAGCAGCUGAAGGAAGAGGAGGCGCGCUUUGUGGAAAAUGACAAAGCACAGGUGAAACUUGAGAAUGAACAGGAUAAGCUAAAGAAACGAAAGACAAAACAGGAACUUAGGGCUGCUUUGCAAAAAGCGCUCCUAGAGAAGACAGAGCAUACUCAGAAGGAAUACAGAGAAGAGCAGGACUUGAACAUGAAACUCGUGCAAAGGGCCCUUCAAAACUUACAGGAAGAGGCUGAUAAAAAGAAGCAAAAAAAGGAAGAGAUGGCAAGAGAACAGGAAAUAUAUCGUCGAUAUAUGGCACAGAGGCGUGAGGAGGAAAGAGCUCAGGAGAAAGAAUUGGACAGAAUAUUAGAGGCAGAGAAGGAAAAGAAGUUGGCUGAGAAGGACAAGGAGCUGAGACUUGAAAAGGAGGCAAGGAGACAACUUGUGAAUGAGGUCAUGUGUACAAGAAAACUUCAAGUUCAAGAAAAAUUGCAACGAAAGGCAAAAGAACAGGAAGAGCGUGUUAUGGAACAGGAACGUAUAAAUGAAGGUCUUAAAGAGCUUAAUCGUGAAGAGAAGGAGAAUUUUGCAAGACGUUCCAGUUUGGCCCAGGAGUACAGGAAGCAACUUCAGAUGCAAAUGUCCUACCAGCAGCAGGCCCGGGAAGCAGAGAAGGAAGAGGAACGCAGAGAGUUGGAAGCAGGGAUGGCAGCAAACAAGAUUUGCCAGGACAAGAUCCGGGAGAUCCUAUUGGUCCAUCCCGUGCUGCCCCGAAACAUUCAUCCCAUGCGGAGGGCGUGCCCUGAUAAGCUCCCACCAUAGUCUCACAGAUGUUAAUAUAUUUUUUCUCAGUCUUUUAAUGUUUUUAACUACAGUAUGAGUUCCUUUCAACUCACAGAUAAACUUUCCUUUAUUUCUGAGUUUGCAUAAUUCCACAUAAUGUUAUUCCUUCAAAUUAAACUUCAUGCCUUUUGUUUAGGCUUUAUAGACUUUCAAGUCUGAAUGAGCUAUUUCCUAUCACACAGUUACUUUCCUGACUUAUCCCCAUGCCUCUGUUUCAUAUUCAUUUAUUAAUAGCUACACUUUCUUUCCCCCA